AUUAAUAUUAAUUCAUUUCCUCGGAUAAUAUUCGACGCAGGCAGGGAGUGGGGGGGUUUUGUGAUUUGAUUUGAAGGCCAAAUGAAUCGCGCUGCCGUGGUGGCUGCCUCUUCUUCCUCGCAUCAUCUUCCACAUAAUAUUCCUCUCCACUCCACUACACCCACCAGGAAUGCUGUAACGGGGAUUAAUUUUGCCAUCGAGUGUCAGAACCUGAGUUACUCAAUCACUACCAGGUCGGGCAAAUUUGUGCCAAUUCUUAAGGACUGUUCUCUACGCAUUCCCUCGGGGCAGUUCUGGAUGCUUCUUGGACCUAACGGUUGUGGGAAAUCUACCCUUUUGAAAAUAUUGGCAGGUCUCCUGAAACCUACUGAUGGAUUUGUGUACGUGAAGAAACCUAAGAGUUUUGUUUUUCAAAACCCUGACCAUCAGGUAGUUAUGCCCACAGUAGAAGCUGAUGUGGCAUUUGGUCUCGGUAAAUUCAAUCUACCUCGAGAUGAAAUCAGGUCUAGGGUAGCAAGAGCUCUGGAUGCUGUGGGCAUGCUUGAAUAUUUGCAAAGGCCUGUUCAAACUUUAAGUGGUGGUCAAAAACAAAGGGUAGCUAUUGCUGGUGCUUUGUCAGAAGCAUGCAAAGUAUUGCUACUCGAUGAGCUCACAACAUUUUUGGAUGAAAGUGAUCAGAUUGGGGUGAUAAAUGCAGUGAAGAAGUCUCUAGAGAAUUCAAAAGAUGUUACAGCACUGUGGGUGACCCAUCGCUUGGAAGAACUAGAGCAUGCAGAUGGUGCUGUUUAUAUGGAAGAUGGGAGAGUAGUCAUGCUUGGUGAUCCUUCAAGCAUAAUGGGUUUCAUUAGUUCCAGGCUGACCUCUUAUAUUGACCAAAUAAAUUCUUAAUGACUUCUUUUGUUUUUCAUUUUGCACUAUGAAUUCAGAGGCUGGCAUGUGCAUGAUGGUUAAUUUUACAAGCGCAAUUGCACCAUUUCCUUUCAUGAA